AUGACGAAUGAGCCACAGAAAAGUCGAUUUGACGCCCAAGUGUCUUCGGCUUUUACGAACUAUGACGAGGUUGACGACAUCAAAGGCGCCCGGGACCUUGCAAAACGUCACAUGGACAACUUCACUGAGAUCUUGGGCCGUUUCGAUAAGACCGAUGGGCUGGCAUACACUCAUCUCCAGACAGAGUACGAUUGUUUGAAAAUAUGGGGAAUAGACACUGGGUUGUAUCAAUACGAGAGAAAUAAGCCAAAGCGCGACUUCCGUAACCUUUCUUCCGUUGCAAAAUCAUCGAUUAUUGGCUCCCUCGAAGACAUGGAAGUCCAAAUGUACCUCAUGGACAUAACCGUCCCCAAUAAGAAGCAGUCUUCUGCAAAAAGACUCCAUAAAUUCCUACCCAGGCCGUUUCUGGGCUUGUGGGUCGAUGGACUGAGGUGCAUCAUCGUUACUCUGGAACUAUCAGUCGAUCUGGAAGAUGAAUCGAACGCCAGAAGAGGCGAUACGAGUCCUAAUCUUAAGACGCUUUUCCGACGCUGUGCAGCCGGAUACACGACAGUUUUCAAGCGUAUCAACGAAGGAAGCUCGAGUCUGGAGGACAAGCUACCCACCGGACAUAUGAAAGGCCCGCGUAACAGCUUCAUCAGAUGGGGCCGUGAAACCGGAGUUCUUCUUGAUGGCAAGAGCUCUCUGGAGACCAAAUUCGUCGACUCGGACAAGAGCGAGAGCAGGAGUCAAAUCGUCAACAGCCUGUUGAGCAUCGAGUCGGCCUUGGGAGCGAUGUCUGGGUUACUACCGGAGAAGCGUGUUUCGGGAAAGGAUCUUCCGGCAGCAGAUGCAGACGAGAAUUCGAACCUUAGCCUUACCGAACGGGCGAAAGGCCUGACAGAGCAAAUAAUGGUACUCCAACGAUGUAACGAAUCUCUGGCGAAAGCCGCAAAAGCUCUUGUUGAUUAUUCGAUCGGAUCGAACGGCUCUAACGCGGGGGCUGUAGAUAAUACUGCAACAGAUACUUGA